AGACUGUACAUAGAGGCCAGAACAUGUAUAUUGGAGGACGUAAAGUUCAAAAGAUAUGGGUUCCUCGACACCUCCGAUGUAAAACUGAUUCCGCGGAUAGAUCUGAUCAAUGUGGAGGUUCUAAUGACAUGGUUGGAACUAGUAAAACCAAUCUGGACACUCGGAAUACCAGGAGACCUGAAACCGAGGAAUUAAGUGAGUCAGAAAGCUCUGAUGAUGAUGAUGAGGGAGAACGAGAAUCGUCGACGGCUCGUCUCUCCAAAGAUUUGAUGUUGUCAGAUACUGACGAGGAAACAGAUAAG